UGUGAAGCGAAUCGCUGCCCAACCAGAUACACACACCCUUCCCUCUUCAUGCAGGAGAAUUGAGCUCGAAAAAUCCGUCGCGUGCUACACAUAUCUCUGACGUGGUUGCCAGCAUAUCUUAGACUCAGCCUUCCCAUUCCUAAACCGGUAUCGCCUAUACUUUUCGAGAACAGCUAAAAAUCAUGUCGUCGACCUCUCCCUCGAAGGAACCGGAGGUGGAACCUGAAGCUCAAUCAGGUGAAGAGCAGGAGCAAAUGGACAAGGAACAAGAUACCCAAGCGCAGGGCCAGGGAGAGUUUGAGGUUAAGGAGCAAGAUAGAUGGCUGCCGAUUGCAAAUGUUGCCCGGAUUAUGAAAUUAGCCUUGCCAGAAAAUGCGAAGAUCGCAAAAGAGGCUAAAGAGUGCAUGCAGGAAUGUGUGAGCGAGUUCAUAUCAUUCAUCACCAGCGAAGCUUCCGAAAAGUGCCAACAAGAAAAGCGCAAAACCGUCAAUGGAGAGGACAUUCUUUUUGCCAUGACCUCUCUUGGCUUUGAGAACUACGCAGAGGCCCUCAAAAUCUAUUUGUCCAAGUACCGCGAGACCCAAUCUGCACGGGGCGAACACCAGAACCGGCCCACUAGCAGUGGAUAUGCUGCUGGUGGACCCGUUGGUGGAGCUGGAGGUGCUGCAGCUGGACGCCCUGGAGCAGCUGCUGGUGCUGGAGGAUUUCCCGAUGCAGGCGAUGGUGCCAACAGCAUUAUGAACCAGGGCCUGGACCCUUCUGAGCAGGAUACCUCGGCUUACGGGUACCCACCUAUGGUCGGUCAAGCUCAUAACGGAACAGGUGGUGAAUCCUAUUAGUAUGCCCGUAUGGGGAGCAUCCAGAAAGGCCUGCUGGCCUAAUCCCAUUAUAUUGUAAGGGCUCUUGAAGUUUUGGCUUCCCGCUUCCCGCUUACAGGGAACUUGGGCCCGGAUUUCUUUCCAACAGGCUCUCAACCAUGAGGCUCAGCUUUGGCUCAUGGCCAGAGUCUUCUCGGAAUUCUGGAUGUUGCACCCUGUACAGCCUUCUC